CUUCCAGAGAGGUACCGCGGUGUAACGGGGAUUGCCGAGGGUGUUGUAGGGGGUAAAUUCCCGGUUGGAGGGUCCCGGGGGUAAUAGAGGGGUCCAGGGCAUUUCCGGGGGAUGCUUGGGGCGUACUGGGGCCGCUCUCCGGGGCGGGGCGGUACCUGCGCGGCCGCCGCCUCACCUGGGGCGUUGCGGGGCGGGACGGGGCGGGACGCGGCGGGCGGCGACCGGAGCGGCGGCGGCGGCGGCGACAGCAACGGACGGGCCAUGCGGGGGCCGCGCUCCGGGCUCUGCCCGCUUUCCAUCUUCAUCCUCCUCCUCCUCUCCCCGCUCCUGCCGGCGGCCGCCCUCUCCCCGUCCCCGCCGUGCGUCCUCCCGGGGCUGCGCCGCGGGCCGCUCCCCGCACCAGGGAGCUCCGGAGGCUGCGCAGGGCCGUACAGGACAGAGGAGCCCGAUGUCGGGGUGCGGGAGGACGGGGGCUCCGUGCGGCUACCGGGGGUGGGCAGGGCUCUCGCCGUACCCCCUCAAGAUGCUGGUUUCCCCCGGUAUGCCGCUGGCCAGCCAGACCCUGCCCCAGUUCCUGCAAAGAGCAGGCACUCCCCCCAGGAACUCUCCAGGGCUCACGCUGCUCUCAGGAGGCAGAAGAGGGACUGGGUGAUCCCCCCCAUCAAGGUUCCUGAAAAUGAGAGGGGCCCCUUCCCCAAAAAGCUGGUUCAGAUCAAAUCCAACCGGGACAGAGACACCAAAAUCUUCUACAGCAUCACAGGGCAGGGAGCAGAUGCCCCCCCCGAGGGCAUCUUCACCAUUGAGAAGGAGUCAGGCUGGAUGAAAGUGACGCAGCCGCUGGACCGUGAGCACAUCGACAAGUACCACCUCUUCUCCCACGCCGUGUCUGAGAACGGGAAGCCAGUGGAGGAGCCGAUGGAGAUCAUCGUGACAGUGACAGACCAAAAUGACAACAAGCCCCAGUUCACGCAGGAGGUGUUCAGGGGCUCUGUGCCAGAGGGAGCUCUGCCAGGCACCUCCGUCAUGCAGGUGACAGCCACGGAUGCGGAUGAUGCGGUGGAGACCUACAACGGUGUCAUCGCCUACUCCAUCCUCAGCCAGGAGCCACGGGAGCCCCAUCCCCAAAUGUUCACCGUAAACCGGGCCACCGGCACCCUCAGUGUGAUUGCCAGCGGCCUCGACCGGGAGCGAGUGCGGGAGUACACGCUGACUGUGCAGGCAGCUGACCUGGACGGGGAGGGACUGACCACCACAGCGCUGGCCGUCAUCGAGAUCGCUGAUGUCAAUGACAAUGCCCCCGAGUUUGACCCCAAAACGUACGAGGCGGCCGUGCCGGAGAACGUGGCCGGGCGCGAGGUGGCCCGGCUGGCUGUCACCGACCUGGACGAGCCCGGCACGCCGGCGUGGCGAGCUGUCUACUCCAUCCUGCGCGGCAACGACGGGGGUGCCUUUGCCAUCACCACCGACCCUGCCACCAACGAGGGCAUCCUCCGCACCGCCAAGGGUCUGGACUACGAGUCCAAGCAGCAGUUUGUGCUCCACGUGGCGGUGGCCAACGAGGUCCCCUUCGUCGUGAAGCUGCCGAUGGCCACUGCUACGGUGACAGUCACCGUGGAGGAUGUCAAUGAGGCCCCGGUGUUCGUGCCGCUGGUGCAGCUGGCCACGGUGUCGGAGGAUGUGCCCCCGGGGCAGACCCUCACCGCCUGCAUGGCCCAGGACCCUGACAAGGCGCAGGGCCAGAGGAUCAAGUACCUGGUGGGGCACGACCCAGCAGGCUGGCUGGCUGUGCACCCCGAGAAUGGCCUGGUGACCGCGCGGGACCACCUGGACCGCGAGUCCCCCUUCGUCAAGAACAGCACCUACAUGGCCAUGCUGCUGGCUGUGGAUGAUGGCUCACCGCCGGCUACGGGCACGGGCACGCUACUCCUCACCCUGCUUGAUGUGAACGACAACGGCCCUGAGGCCGAGCCACGGGACAUCACUGUCUGCCAGCGCAGUCCCCAGCCCCAGCUCCUCACCGUCACCGACCGGGACCUGCCCCCCAACACCGGCCCCUUCCGCGCCGAGCUCACCCACGGCUCGGAGGACAGCUGGGCUGUGGAGGUGGGGGACACAGGUGACACAGUGACACUGCAGCUGGUGGCACCGCUGGAGCCGGACACCUACAGCGUGUACCUGCGGCUGCUGGACCAGCCGGGCAGAGCCCAAGUGACCAUUGUCACCGCACGGGUCUGUGCCUGCGAGGGGCAGGCACAGGGCUGUCCCCAGAGACCCCAGCCUGUCACCGCCCUGCCCUUCGUCCUCGCCACCCUGGGCGCGCUACUGGCCCUGCUGCUCAUCCUGCUGCUGCUGCUGCUCUUCAUGAGGAGGAGGAAAGUGACGAAGGAGCCGCUGCUGCUGCCCGAAGAUGACACAAGGGACAACAUCUUCUACUAUGGGGAAGAGGGCGGCGGCGAGGAGGACCAGAACUACGACCUGCGGCAGCUGCACCGGGGGCUGGACGCCCGGCCCGAGGUGAUCCGCAAUGACGUGGCCCCCACCCUCCUGCCAGCCCCCCAGUACCGACCCCGCCCCACCAACCCCGACGAUAUCGGCACCUUCAUCGAGGAGAACCUGAAGGCGGCCGACACGGACCCCACGGCCCCCCCCUACGACUCGCUGCUGGUGUUUGACUACGAGGGCAGCGGCUCGGAGGCCACCUCGCUCAGCUCCCUCAACUCCUCCGCCUCUGACGGGGACCAGGACUACGACUACCUCAACGACUGGGGCGGCCGCUUCCGCAAGCUGGCCGAGCUCUAUGGCGGCGGCGAGGAGGACGAUUAGGGACCCCCAGCCUGCCGCUGCCCCCGCCUUAUUGCUGCUUUUGUGCCUUGGGGGUUCCCCCUGCUGUGCCCCCCACCCCAGCGCAGCCCCCUCACCUCCUCGCCUGUGUUUUUGUGGUUAUUAUCUAUUUUUUAAGGUAUGGAAUGAUGGCGUGUGAUGCUGCGGACAAGGGGAUGGGAGCUGGGUCAGUUUUAA